UUCCUACUCCCCCCCCCCCCUCGACCCUCGCGUCCUCACCGUAUCGAAGGUUGUUUCACGCCGUCCACUAGCGGCCCCUCUCCGCCGUCCACUGGCACUGCCUUCCUUGCUGAUCCGCUCUGCCCGGCCAGGCUGCGCUGCCCGCCGUCCACUAGCACUGCCUGCCUUGCGAACCCCAGACAACAAAAGGUAAGCAAUCCCCUUCGUUGACACCUCUCAAUUUUGUGGGAUUUGAUGUUGAACCCUAAAAAUUGGGGGCAAAAUCAAGAAGCCCUACAUCUAGGAGCUUGGCUAGUGCUCGCUUUCACCUGAGAGCAUCAAUAGGAGGCUAGUAGGAUAAUAUUCACUGAUUAACACUACACUUGCGUGCCAUUUUUGCCUGCCCACUCUUUUGGCUGUGCCGUCUUAUUUCCGUGCUGUCUCACUCCUGUGUCCUUUCCUAUAGAUAUUGUGCUCAAAUUAUAUGAUAAUGUGCAAGUUAAUUUGAUAUGGAUACGAGCUAUGCAUGGAUGAUGUCAAAUAGUGUUUGCAUUAGUAUGCAAAUUCAAAUUUAGUCUACCUGCCACCUGGGAGGAAUGUAGUACAAGGACUAGCCUUGAGGGCAAAGAGUGCUACAAAUCAGAACAUCAGAAACUUUGGGUGCUAUUAAAUUGUAGUGGAACAUUUCCAUGCUAUUUUGCUAAAGUUGGGAGUUUUGAGGGAAACAAGCCUUGGUCACCCAAUCGAGCUGAAAUUUGCUUCACUGGGUUAAGUAGACAAUGUGGCUUCACUCACCAGGAAAUUGUUAGUGUUCACUAUUGCAAAUUUAAUUGAACUGAGGCUAUUUUUAGGCUGCACAGCUCAAGUUAGCUUUUUGGGUCCCUGGAGUUGUGAGGUUGCAGAGGGGUUCUUUUUAUUUCUCUCUCUUUUUGUUUUUUUUAUUGCAGGAGGUUUUGCACCCAAAUCCAUUAUGACCUGAUGAUGUUACAUACUGAACACUAAAAACUAGGGCAUUGAGUUAGGAUAUAGAUAUAAUUUAUACAUUUAUACAGAGUGAUUCAAAGCAGAUGGCUAAAACUGAUUUACCACUAGCCCCUUUAUGGAGUUUUGUAUACCUUUUGUUACUUUAAUGACAAAUUGCUUCUGACAAUGCUGUGCAGGUCAAUGUUUGUGCAGCUAGAGGUAAAAUUUUCCUUUGCUGCUAUUAAGUUAUCUGUGAGUUUUGUAUGAUUCAAGGAGACAUUGUCUUCAGCUAGUGGGUGUGUUCGUUGAUGGAAGACGACCAGAUUUUAGUUGAGCCAGAUGUAAAUGUAGCUUGGAUGAGUGCCAAUGUUAACUAAAUACUGAGUGCAAUCGUUGCCUUUUCAUUACGUGUUCUUAAAUCUUUACAGUACAGUUUGAAAUGAUAGCUCAUGUGUAUGUUUCGAUUUAGGUUUACGAUGGCAUGGCUUCGAAAGCUUCGGCGUGAACGCGGUCAAGGGAGUUGCAGUGGGUACGAGGACAUAUUGGUGGCGACCACCAUUGCUCGUAUCGGCACAGAGGAAGAAGAAAACAAACCUAACCCACGUCGGGGUUCAAUUGUAGGACGCCGGACCAUUGCACGAGAUAGAUACAGUGGGUACUGCCGUUUGGUGGAGGACUAUUUCGUUUCCAACUCGGUCUAUGGUGAAAACUUGUUUCGCCGCCGGUUCCGAAUGACAAAGAAUAUGUUUGAAGAUAUCAAGGACGCAUGUGAGCAAGCAAACGUAUACUUCAAAUGGAGACAAAAUGCUGCGGGAGUUUGGGGCUUGGCUCCGGUACAAAAGGUAACUGCUGCCUUGCGCAUGCUUGCAUACGGAGGUCCAGCUGAUAGCCUAGAUGAGUACCUUCGGAUGGGAGAAAGCACCAUAAUUGAGAGUGUCAACCAGUUUACACGGACCAUUGUUGAUCUAUACGGUCCUAGGUACUUAAGGCAGCCAACAAGAGAUGAAAUAGAAAUAUUAUUGCAAGUUGCUGAAGCACGUGGAUUUCCAGGGAUGUUGGGUUCGAUUGAUUGCAUGCAUUGGGAGUGGGAAAAUUGCCCUACCGCUUGGCAUGGUCAAUAUAGAGGUUACUUUAAAAAACCUACUCUUAUUCUUGAGGCAGUUGCUAGCUAUGAUACAUGGAUAUGGCAUGCUUUCUUUGGACUUCCUGGAUCAUUGAACGACAUCAAUGUGCUGCAUCGUUCACCAGUGUUUGACAAUCUAGCAGCGGGUAAUGCUCCAGAGGUUCAAUUUAAUGUAAACGGUAGGGAGUACAACAUGGGCUACUAUCUGGCAGAUGGUAUAUAUCCCCCAUGGGCUACUUUGAUCAAUGGUAUUCAACAGCCCAGAACUAACAAGCACAAGGAAUUUUCGAGCAGGCAAGCAGAAUUUCGUAAAGAUGUGGAACGGACUUUCGGUAUUUUGCAAGGACAAUAUGGAAUCAUCAAAGGGCCAGCGAGGCUAUGGGAUCAGGUCGACCUAAAGUACAUUGUGGACUGUAUCGUCAUACUACACAACAUGGGUAUCGAGUACGAGAAAGGAUUGCCUCAGCUGCGGGCAACGGACUAUGAAGGUGCGACGGAUCCCAGAUUGGGCGAUGACAAUACAAACGUGCCGGAGCUAGCAUUGUUGAUGGAGAACCACCGUAGGAUCCAGAGCCGACAAGGAAAUGAACAGUUGAAGCUUGACCUGAUCGAGCAUAUUUGGAGCAAGUAUGGAGAUAGGGCCAACAAUUAGUGUGCCGUGUUGUAUGGAUUAAUGAAUCAGUUGUUGUAUGGAGUCCUGUAUGGAUUAAUGAAUCAGUUGUUGUAUGGAGUCCUGUAUGGAUUAAUGAAUCAGUUGUUGUAUGGAGUCCUGUAUGGAUUAAUGAAUCAGUUGUUGUAUGGAGUCCUGUAUGGAUUAAUGAAUCAGUUGUUGUAUGGAGUCCUGUAUGGAUUAAUGAAUCAGUUGUUGUAGGAGUCUUGUAUGGAUUAAUGUAUCAGUUUUUGUA